AUGCCAAACUCACAGCCCCUGCGAAAACCUUCUAUCCUCUCUCGAAUAGGGGCUCGUAUCGAUGACCGUCCUCAUUCACACUAUUUUAAACAAAGAGAAGAGACUCGUCUCAGACCUCUGGGAGACAAUUAUAAGGGAACAACAGGUCACGCUGGUCGUCAUCCUCAAGCCAAGCAGCAUCUGCCGGACUCUUCCUUCAUCGAUCGUGUACCUGCUACUCGCCAACCUACGACUUUUGCACCAGAUACAGUCACACAGGAACGGAACAACCAUGCAUAUGCAAUCUUAGCGACUGUGUCCAUCUCGGGAUCUUCCCCUGGGUCCGAUAUAAAGCCCAUGUCCAUUGACGAUGCCCCUCUAUAUUCUACGCGGUUUCGGAAAAGGAGCUCUAAAAUGUCUCUUGAACCUUCCCCAUUGACAGGCACCUAUCGCAACGUUUCGUCUCAGAUAUCGGUUGAUUCAUUUUCUCCGAAUGUUGAUCAAAGCGCCCAGCAUAGGGCUUCAUCCCGUAUGUCGGUUGAUGUUCCUUCUGCCUGUCAGAUCAAAUGGUCAUCAGACCGGAUGGUGAUCGACGAGAUCCAGCACCGCUAUCCUACACAGAAUCUCCCACAGAAAGUGUACAGUCACUGUGCUCUCUCAUUUAUUGCUCGCCCGACUGUCUCGCCAUGUUCUCGCAAUACUUCGGUACAUUCCCCACGAGAACAUACCCUCGCGUCGAGUGUUUGGCCACCCACAUCCUUUUCAUCACGACAUAUAUCUUUAUCGCACGGUAGAGGCUCCCCUUACGGAGAAGCGAAUUCGGCGUCGGUGCCUCCGUCGCGAUCAUUAUCCAUGCAACAUGGGCGUGACAAGGAAAGUCAAGUCCUUCCCCCAACAAGAUCCCCUCCUUGCCCACGCACAUCACCGCCGCCUCCUAGCCUGAUCGCCAGCUCCCUUUCACACCCUUGGGGUCGCUCAGAAUUCUCACCAGCUGCACCUCCCGGAAUAUUCUCCACAAAACACGGGACUCUGGUUUUAGGGGAGGGGAAUAGAUCGCCUCCCACGAAUCUAGAUGCUGUUCAGCGUCAGUACCCUACCAGUAGGAGUCGUGUUCGUGCACGGAGAUCAUCCUCAGGGGACAACGCCAGUUACAAGCGUCGUUGUAUCAGACAAGAUAGCCAGCCUAUUGCCCUUCUCUUCAUUGAUUCUCAUUCAACAUGCAACACGUCUCCACAAUCGCCUCAUCCGCUCUCCCCUAUCAAUGAGGCUUGGCUCCCGCCUAUGGAGAAGCAACUGGAAAUGGCCCACGAGUCACAGCUGAAAGCCAGGUUCAGGAAAUUCAAAGCUAUCAUCGGUGGGGCUGUAGACGAAAUCAAGGAGGAAAUUGUGCUUUAUCAUAAGGACCAUCGAAAGCAUAAAGGUGCACGCACGAACACCAACUCGGAGCCUUUUUCAGGAGUUCCGGACUACCUGAGGUCUUUAGAGCGUUACGACCCACUGGAAACCACAGAUACAUCCCGAUCUCAACUACGGACCAUUGAGAAGGAUAUUGACAAUAUCGCUCAAACGUGGACGAAGCUUGCGCUGUGCGAUUCUCCAACGGCAUUGGGAGGGGAUGCCAGUGAUGGGCUCCUUUCGGGCGAAGUACCCUAUCUUUCCUUGUCUCUCCCAAGAAUCAACGAGCCUCCCAUGAACCAAAGCAGAUCGCCACCCGUUCGUAGGACUGCUGAUCUUGGCGCAGUCACACAGGUUCAGAGUGAAGUCGAUAUAUACAUGGGAGAUGUCGUGAGCUUAGCUGCUCCCCCGUUUCGCCGACGCAGGACUGUGGAUGCCUUCAAUGCCAACGGAGUGGUCAUACCUCGACUCCCUAAAUCAUUAUAG